ACCACAACCAAAGUAAAACAAAGUUCGCUUCUAUGACCUAUCGUGCCUGACCACGCCACACAAAUGUGAAUGCCAUUGCCACGAUCGUAAGGCAAACCAGCAUCGCAGAAGGCAAACCAACAGUAUGGCGGAAGUUGCCGAUCGAUAGAGUUGUCCUAGCAAUCUGAUUGGCUACCCCAUUUGGCUUUUCCGUCCUACCCAUUGGAUACUGAAAAGGUGGCUUGAUUUUUCGCCUAUUUCUUACGUUGCUGUGACAUCGACCCGUGGUAAAUUUCAUCACACGCAUGUGAGAGUUCGCUAAAAUUUAACACCUGGAUUCGGUGUGACGGUUGAGAAUUAUGCCCUCAAUUCGAAAGGAAUCGAUACCACGCGGCUCUGAAUCACCGAACCCGAAGUUACUCAAAAAGGAGAAUGGAGCAGAUACCAGAGACAUAGAAGCCAAUUCGAUUCAUAGCGGAAACUCUUUGAAACCGAGUGAAACGGAUGACCCAGAGCUUUUGGCCAACACACCUCAGAAACGCAACUGGCGUGGUAUCCUGCUCGCUCUCCUGGUUAUUGCAGUCAUCUCCUCCAUCAUUGUGACUGCCAGUAUCCUGACUACUCCACGUGAGCCCGCGGAUAACUAUGGAAAACCGUAUACAUUCAGUGACUUUAUACACAUGAACAAGUGGUUCGAAUUAUUAUCCUACAAAAUUGUGAAAGAUGGAAUUGUUUAUCUCUCACACAAUGGUGACCUCGUCUACCUCAACCAAACAGCAAUGACACAAAGAACUCUCCUCCCACGCCACUCUUUGAAUGAGAAACGAUUGUUCAACGGGCUGUUCUCAGUUUCGUCCGAUCUUUCAGGAAUUCUGCUGCAAUACGGGGAUUACCAGACAAGCAGAAUCAACGGGCCGAACAAAUACGACGCUGUCCAAGUACCGGGGAGCACUGAGGAUGUAUAUGGGAGCGAUAAACGGGUUGAAAUUGGUCCGGUCAAAGAAGCACUGGAACAACCGUACUUACCGUUUGCAAUUUGGUCACCCGAGGGACACCAUCUGGCCUUUUCCUUCGAUCGACAUGUCUACGUUCAUCUGAACCUCUUCGAUGACAAAUUGUCCACCAUUUUGAAUAUCACCCAAGGCAUGCCAGAUGAGGACAUUCAGUACGGAAUGGCAGAUUGGAUGUACGGAGAGGAGAUCAUGCGGACUAAUGUGGCAGUCUGGUGGAACCCGAGUGCCACGCGGAUAGCCUUCCUUGCCUUCGAUGAACGGAAUGUAACAAAUGUUCCCAUACUUCUUUUUGGUGUUGACGGUGGAACGCAUGAACGUGUGCUCCAACACAAGUAUCCCCAAGCAGGGAACCCCUCCCCAUACGGGAACCCAAGAGUCAGUCUCUGGAUCUAUGAUAUAGAAGCAGGUGAACGGCGGGAAUUCGAACGUCCAGCUUCUGUUCCAUGGGAUGGGCAUUUUAUGUUCGAACGAUGGUACAAUCCAGACACCCUUAUCGUGUGUUGGUCGGAUCGCACACAAACCCAGGCGUGGAUUACGGUUGUCAGUUGGACGAGAAACUCUUCGUGGGUGAUUUACAAAACGUCUGCCAAUAACGGGUGGGUUGACAUGACGAAACAGGCUAAUAAAGAACCUCUCGUACAUGAAAAAACGCAAAGCCUCUUCAUUAUUCUGCCAAGAGAAUACACUGAAAAGGCGUAUCGCGGAAUAGCCAGACUAAGAGUCGAUCUUAGCGGAAGAGAAACACAGCAAACCAUGAAAUGGAUUAUUACUCCAGAUUUCGAUAUCUCGGAUAUUCUGUACUUCAAUGGAGAUGAUGAAUUUCUUUUUCUUGGCACGGGUCCUGAUCCGAAACAUUCACAUUUAUACUGGGGCAAAGCCGGAGGCGACAUUUCCUGCUUGACUUGUGCUAAUCCCAAUUGUACAUACAACCGGGCGAAAGUGUCCCGGGACGGACAUUGGUUUGUUCAAGAAUGCCGUGGCCCCGAUCCGCCCACUUAUAUUCUGUAUAAAAUUAACCGAACCACGGAUAUCUCUGGCGCAGUCACCUCGGUGGAGGCACUCUACCAAAGUACGUUAAUGGACAAUAUUGAUCUGAAACAACUCCUCUGGGAACGGGCAAUGCCUAGGACUGAAUUUAUCAAUUUGACUGUUCGUGAGGGAACACGUGACCAGCUAGAAUUACGAGCCAAACUACUUGUCCCACCAGAACUAAACAAGACACAUAUCAUCAAGUACCCCUUGUUACUCUACACUUAUGGGGGACCCAGCCGUCAGCUGGUGACCACAAAAUUUACAUUAGAUUGGACCGCCUACUUGGCAGCUACAGCAAAAGUCCUGGUCCUCAUGGUGGAUGGUAGAGGUUCUACGGGAUAUGGACAAAAGUUCGAACACCAGGUGUACAAGAAAUUGGGACUGGUGGAGAUAGAGGACCAAUUGGAUGCUGUCAAGGCAUUUAUCAAGCAGCAUUCGUAUGUGAACACUUCACAGAUUGGCGCUUAUGGCUGGUCCUACGGUGGAUUUACCGUUGCUCAUUUAUUGGGUCAUCCGGAAAACAAUCUCACCCGAUGUGGUGUUGCUGUGGCCCCAGUGACCGACUUCAAAUAUUAUGAUACUGUCUACACUGAACGACACUUGGGUCGAAUCAAUGACAAUCCUGAUGCAUAUCUGCAAACUCAGGUAGCCAGAAAUGCGAGGAACUUUCGGUCCAAAAGCGUUCUUCUCAUGCACGGCACGGCAGACGACAAUGUCCUAAUGAUCAACACCGCUUCACUCGCCACGGCUCUUAUUAACGCAAACGCCGAUGUCGAUGUGAUGAUAUACCCGGAUGACAAUCACUCCGUACAACGAGCUAGCAACAGUGAGCACUUGUACCGGAAGGCGACAACUUUCCUGUUGGAUUGCUUUAACAAAUCUUCCAUCCGAUAUUCUAUCGACCUUCGGACGCAGUCCCCGAGUUCCCUUCAACCUUAUGUUCUACUUGAACCCACACUGGACAAGGUUCGACAAACCCCUCACUUGACGGAAACUCUGGCACUACGUACAACUGAUGAGCCCCAAGAAGGACGGAACUGGUUGCGACCUUCUGAAGAGUUUCCAGCAAACCCAUGA